AUGGAUGCCGGGUCGGCUCAGUUACAGCAAGCUCAACUCGCCGCAAUCAUGGGGCCGGACCCGGGGCCGUUCGAAACCCUAAUCUCUCACCUCAUGUCCUCCGCCAACGAGCAGAGAUCCCAGGCCGAGUCUAUCUUCAACCUCAUCAAGCAGAACGAUCCGAACUCGCUCGUGCUUAAGCUCGCCCAUGUUCUCAGCUCCUCCGUGCACGUUGAAGCCCGCGCCAUGGCGGCUAUACUCCUCCGGAAGCUCCUCACCAGGGACGAUUCCUACAUCUGGCCGCGGCUAUCCGCGUCGACUCAGUCCGGCAUCAAAUCCAUGCUUCUAACCUGCAUCCAGAAGGAGGAGGUUAAAACUAUAAUUAAGAAGCUCUGCGAUACUAUAUCGGAGCUUGCCUCCUCGAUUCUCCCUGAGAAUCAGUGGCCUGAAAUUCUACCGUUUAUGUUCCAAUGCGUAACCUCCGAUUCGCCGAAGCUACAGGAGUCCGCGUUCCUGAUUUUCGCUCAAUUGGCACAGUACAUAGGCGAGACUCUGGUCCCUUACAUAAAGGAUUUGCACUCGGUGUUUUUGCAGACACUGAAUAAUUCCCCCAGUUCGGAUGUUAGGAUCGCAGCUUUGAGUGCUGUCAUCAAUUUCAUUCAGUGUUUAACGAGCUCCACUGAUAGGGACCGGUUUCAGGAUCUGUUGCCAUCUAUGAUGAGGACGUUGACUGAGGCGCUGAAUAGCAGCCAGGAGGCCACAGCACAGGAAGCUUUAGAAUUGCUGAUUGAAUUGGCAGGGACUGAACCAAGGUUCUUGAGGAGGCAGCUGGUGGAUGUUGUGGGCGCAAUGCUUCAGAUAGCUGAGGCUGAUACUUUGGAGGAAGGGACUCGGCAUCUGGCUAUUGAGUUCGUAAUUACUCUGGCAGAAGCAAGGGAGAGGGCCCCUGGGAUGAUGAGGAAGUUGCCUCAGUUCAUUAGCAGACUGUUUGCAAUUUUAUUGAAGAUGCUGCUAGAUAUUGAUGAUGAGCCUGCCUGGCAUUCCGCAGAGGCUGAAGAUGAGGAUGCUGGUGAAACCAGUAAUUACAGUGUUGGGCAGGAGUGUCUAGACCGUUUGUCCAUAGCUCUAGGUGGGAAUACCAUUGUUCCUGUGGCCUCAGAGCAACUUCCUGCCUACUUGGCUGCCCCAGAGUGGCAGAAGCACCAUGCAGCCCUCAUUGCACUUGCCCAGAUUGCUGAAGGCUGCUCAAAGGUGAUGAUUAAGAAUUUGGAGCAAAUAGUGACCAUGGUUCUGAGUUCAUUUCAAGAUCCUCACCCACGAGUUAGAUGGGCUGCUAUCAAUGCAAUUGGUCAAUUGUCUACUGACUUGGGUCCAGAUUUGCAAGUUCAGUACCAUAACCGAGUGUUGCCCUCACUAGCUGCAUCUAUGGAUGACUUUCAGAAUCCACGAGUACAGGCACAUGCUGCAUCAGCUGUCCUUAACUUCAGUGAGAACUGCACUCCUGAAAUUUUGACACCUUACUUGGAUGGAAUUGUCAGCAAACUGCUUGUACUUCUGCAGAAUGGCAAACAAAUGGUGCAAGAAGGAGCGUUAACUGCAUUGGCUUCUGUUGCUGAUUCAUCCCAGGAGCACUUCCAAAAAUAUUAUGAUGCUGUAAUGCCCUACUUGAAAACCAUCCUUGUUAAUGCAACUGACAAAGCCAAUCGCAUGCUUCGGGCCAAAGCCAUGGAAUGCAUCAGCUUGGUUGGGAUGGCUGUUGGAAAAGAGAAAUUCAGGGAUGAUGCUAAGCAGGUCAUGGAAGUGCUUAUGUCAUUACAAGGAUCACAAUUGGAUAGCGACGACCCUACUACUAGCUACAUGCUCCAAGCAUGGGCGAGGCUCUGCAAGUGCCUGGGACAAGAUUUCCUUCCUUAUAUGAGUGUAGUCAUGCCUCCUCUGCUUCAGUCUGCUCAACUUAAACCUGAUGUGACUAUAACCUCAGCUGAUUCAGACAAUGAAAUUGAUGAUUCAGAUGAUGACAGCAUGGAGACAAUCACUCUUGGGGAUAAGAGAAUAGGGAUAAAAACAAGUGUUCUUGAGGAAAAAGCUACCGCCUGUAAUAUGCUAUGUUGUUACGCUGAUGAGUUGAAGGAAGGCUUUUACCCAUGGAUUGAUCAGGUUGCUCCAACUUUAGUUCCACUUCUGAAAUUCUACUUCCACGAGGAAGUUAGGAAAGCUGCCGUUUCAGCCAUGCCACAGUUGUUACAUUCUGCGAAGUUAGCAGUUGAGAAAGGGCUUGCUCAAGGCCGUAAUGAGGCUUAUGUCAAGCAGUUGUCAGACUAUGUAGUACCAGCUCUUGUUGAAGCUUUGCAUAAGGAACCUGAUACAGAAAUAUGUGCAAACAUGUUGGACUCGUUGAAUGAAUGCUUGCAGAUCUCUGGACCUCUCCUGGAUGAAGCUCAGGUCCGAAGCAUUGUGGAUGAAAUUAAGCAGGUUAUAACUGCCAGUUCAAGUAGAAAAAGAGAGCGGGCAGAGAGAGAGAAAGCUGAAGAUUUUGAUGCAGAGGAGAGUGAAUUGCUUAAAGAGGAAAAUGAGCAAGAAGAAGAAGUUUUUGACCAAGUUGGUGAAAUCUUGGGUACAUUGAUCAAGACAUUCAAGGCUGCUUUCUUGCCAUUCUUUGAUGAACUGUCAUCUUAUAUAAUGCCUAUGUGGGGCAAAGAUAAAACUGCUGAAGAGAGACGCAUAGCAAUUUGCAUCUUUGAUGAUGUUGCAGAGCAGUGUCGUGAAGCAGCUUUGAAAUACUAUGAUACAUAUCUCCCUUUUCUUUUGGAAGCAUGCAAUGAUCAGAGUCCAGAUGUCAGACAGGCUGCGGUUUAUGGACUUGGUGUGUGCGCGGAAUUUGGUGGUUCAGUUUUCAAACCUCUUGUUGGAGAAUCUCUGUCAAGACUUAAUGCUGUGAUAAAACAUCCAAACGCUCUUCAACCUGAGAAUGUAAUGGCAUACGACAAUGCGGUCUCCGCACUGGGAAAGAUAUGCCAAUUCCAUCGUGAAAGUAUUGACUCAGCUCAGGUUGUUCCAGCUUGGUUGCAUUGCUUACCUAUAAAAGGUGACUUGAUUGAAGCAAAAGUUGUACAUGACCAGCUGUGUUCAAUGGUUGAAAGGUCUGAUAGAGAGCUGUUGGGGCCCAACAAUCAGUACCUUCCUAAGAUUGUUUCAGUUUUUGCUGAGGUUUUAUGUGCCGGUAAGGAUCUUGCAACAGAGCAAACAGCCGGCCGAAUGGUUAAUCUGUUGAGGCAGCUUCAACAGACACUACCACCGGCAACCCUGGCAUCAACAUGGUCGUCCUUGCAGCCCCAGCAACAGAUGGCACUGCAAUCCAUUCUAUCAUCAUAAGUUUGUUAUCGGAAGUGGGAACGAAGACCGGCUCUUCUCCACAGUGAUGGCUGUGCCCCCUGUAGCUUGAGGUGAAUCAAUCAAAUAUUUGAAACAUAUUCUUUCUCAUAAAUGCCAUUCGUUUGCACAUGAGGUCUUGCACCAUCAGCCUGGCUUCCGUUUUAAGCUUGAAAAGAAUGCGAGCAAAAGAUGUAUACCUAUUUUUGGUUGAAUGUGUAUAUUUAAGAGUCGAGCCCUUGAGGAACAUUGUGGUCUUGUGAGAUUUAUUUAUUUUGCCCUUGUAUUUUUGUCGAGGCUAUGGGUUGUCAGGGAGGCAACUCUUGCCGCAGUUUUGUCCCGUCGGUCUUGUUCUUUUACAUUUUGAUUGUGACAGAACAAGGAUUAUAAUUACUUCUUUUCUUUGUCAUAUUGGUUGUGAUCUUUCGGGAACGUUACAAGUUGUUAGAGACAUCUAUUUUUCUUCAAAUAUAUUAUUAUAUAUGUUUGUCAA